ACGAACUGAACAGCAGCGACAAACAACACCAAACGGCAUAGAUCCUAACAGCAUUCACACCCGACAAAAUUAAUUGAUUCCCGCUUAUCAUGCAGUGUUACGUUCUGCCCCGAUUUCCUCGAGUCCCCUCCUCGACUUACUCUUCUUCCAUCCUUAUCCUCCGAGCAUACUCCUCCUCCUCCACCCCAGAACCCAUAAAAUCCCGCAACACCCCCCGCCCGCCAAACACCCCCUCCCCUCCCGGCCUCUCCAACGCCAACUUCGAAGAAAGCGUCCUCGCAAACGACGUCUCAACCUUCUCCAAACUCCCCAAAGAAUUCGGCGCGAACCAGCAUCUUGUCAUCGAUCAGGAAGUGAAGGAGAGGCUACGGAGUGUUCUGUGGCAGUUCAAUGCACCGAUUCGGUAUGCGUUCGCGUAUGGAAGUGGGGUGUUUAACCAGGGUGGGUAUGCGAAGGAUGCGAAGCCUAUGGUGGAUUUUAUUUUUGGAGUAACGCAUGCGCAGCACUUUCAUUCGUUGAAUAUUGCACGGCAUCCUGAGCACUACUCUGGCCUUCGACAUCUCGGCAGUGCAGCCAUCUCGUAUAUCCAACGAGGGUUCGGAGGGAAAGUGUAUUUCAACCCGUACGUAGAGGUGAACGGGAUGAUGAUCAAAUACGGCGUGGUCUCGAUCGAUGACCUAUGUGCCGACUUGAACGGGUGGGAAACGAUGUACCUCGCCGGACGAAUGCAAAAACCCAUCAAAAUCCUACGCGACGAACCACGCGUCCGACUGGCAAACCAAAUCAACCUCAUCUCGGCCCUCCGCACCGCACUCCUCCUCCUCCCCGAGAAAUUCACCGAGAAAGAACUCUACGAAACAAUCGCCGGACUCUCCUACAUGGGCGACGCACGGAUGCGCGUGGCCGAGAACCCGAAGAAGGUGCAGAAUAUCGUUUCUGCGCAGUUACCGAAGUUUAGGGAGUUGUAUGGGCCAUUGGUCGAAAACCUCCCCAACCUUACUUUCCAGUCGACGGUCCCUAUGCAAUCAACCGACGCCUAUGCCACCCUCCACCAAGACCUCGACCCAGUCCGUCGCGCAAAGAUGGUCGGCCGUCUCCCCUUGCACUUUCGCACAAAAAUCCAAUCCAUCUUCCUUAAACACUACGAUAUGAAAUACCUCCCACAGGAACGAGAGGGUAUGAGAAUGUUCGAGGAACGGAUCGUGGGAGAUGAGAGGUUGAGAAGGGAGAUUGGGAGAGCGGUGAGGAAGACUGUUGGGUGGAGUAGUGGGGUACAGACUGUGAAGGGGUUGUUUAGUGCGGGGCCGAUUAAGAGUUGGAGGUAUGUUGCGGAGAAGGUGGGGAAGAAGACGAAGAAGGAGUAG